AAUCAACGCUAACCAAUCAACUGUAGAGCCGGGGCAUUAAUCGAAUCCCCUCCUUGACAAUAUCCAUAACCAAUCGUUGCGUUCACGAGCUCACAGAUGUCCCAAUACAUGACGGUGAGGGGCGGAUCAUAUAAUUCAACGAGAGGAAGAGAUGGGAUUUUCUUUGUGUUGACAUAUUGAUUGCGGCGAUUUAGAGUGUUUGAAUGGAUAUUACCAGGUCCACGGAGAAAUGGGUAAAGCAAGACAAGGAGAGGCCUCUGUCUUCCUCCAUGAUGCUGUCGAGUAAGAAGUCAGACGCAGGUUCAUCUUCCGCUGCCGCUUCCACCUCCUUGGCGCCAGGGGGAGCUGAGCGGUCCCUUGAGGCCCAGGCUCCUGCCCAGGUGGGGGCCCCUCCCUUGGCCCCAGGUGCCGUGGAGAUCAAAAAGAAGGAGCGGACCUCUCCGAGUGGGGAACCUGGUGGGCCCCCGCAGCCCCACCUCCCUGGUCCCGGGGGGGUGGACCUCGACACGGCCGAGGGUCGCAGGACAAGCCGCCGCAAGCGAUCAAAACAGGUGGAGUACCGCGAGAUGGACGAGAGCCUGGCCAAUCUGUCUGAGGACGAAUACUACUCUGAGGAGGAGCGCAACGCCAAGGCGGAGAAGGAGCGCAAGCAGGUGAUCCCGCCACCGGCGCCGCCCGUGGAGGAGGAGGCGGACAGCGAGCCUGAGGAGCCCUCUGGUGAGUGCGUGGAGGGAGCUGCGUUCCAGAGCCGCCUGCCCCAUGAUCGCAUGACCUCCCAGGAGGCCGCCUGCUUCCCGGACAUCAUCAGCGGGCCCCAGCAGACGCAGAAAGUGUUCCUGUACAUCCGCAACCGCACACUCCAACUUUGGCUUGAUAACCCGAAAAUCCAGCUAACCUUCGAAGCCACAACACAACAACUUGAAGCGCCAUACAACAGUGAUACAGUGCUGGUGCACAGAAUACACAGUUACCUGGAGAGACACGGCCUCAUCAACUUUGGCAUCUACAAGAGAGUCAAGCCUUUACCAACAAAGAAGACAGGCAAGGUGAUCAUCAUCGGAGGGGGUGUGUCUGGGCUGGCGGCCGCGCGGCAGUUGCAGAGUUUCGGCAUGGAUGUGACAGUACUGGAGGCCAGGGACCGUGUUGGGGGGAGAGUGGCCACGUUCCGGAAGGGCAACUAUGUGGCUGAUCUGGGGGCCAUGGUGGUGACAGGACUGGGAGGGAAUCCCAUGGCGGUGGUCAGCAAGCAGGUUAACAUGGAGCUAGCCAAGAUCAAACAGAAGUGUCCUCUGUAUGAAGCCAACGGUCAAGCUGGUGAACGAUGCACAAGCGUACCCAAGGAGAAGGAUGAGAUGGUGGAGCAGGAGUUCAACCGUCUGCUGGAGGCUACCUCCUACCUCAGCCACCAGCUGGACUUCAACUUCCUCAACAACAAGCCUGUGUCCCUUGGCCAGGCCCUGGAGGUGGUCAUUCAGUUGCAGGAGAAACAUGUGAAAGAUGAGCAGAUAGAGCACUGGAAGAAGAUAGUCAAGACCCAAGAGGAUCUCAAGGAGCUGUUGAACAAGAUGGUGGGUACCAAGGAGAGGGUCAAGGAGCUUCAUCAGCAGCACAAGGAGGCCAGUGAGGUCAAGCCCCCCAGAGACAUCACUGCCGAGUUCCUGGUCAAGAGCAAGCACCGCGACCUCACUGCGCUCUGCAAGGAGUAUGAUGAGUUGGUGGAGUCGCAGGUCAAACUGGAGGAGAAGCUACAGGAACUGGAGGCCAACCCACCCAGUGACGUGUACUUGUCGUCCCGGGACAGGCAGAUCCUUGACUGGCACUUUGCCAACUUGGAAUUUGCCAAUGCCACGCCCCUCUCUACUCUCUCACUCAAGCACUGGGACCAGGACGACGACUUUGAGUUCACAGGCAGCCACCUGACAGUGAGGAAUGGCUACUCCUGUGUCCCCGUGGCUCUGGCCGAGGGCCUGGACAUCAAACUGAACACGGCGGUACGACAGGUCCGAUACACCGCCUCUGGCUGUGAGGUGAUUGCGGUGAACACACGCUCCACCACUCAGACGUUCAUUUACAAGUGUGACGCGGUUCUGUGCACCCUACCCCUGGGUGUCAUGAAGCAACAGCCCCCUGCCGUACAGUUUGUUCCCCCCCUGCCCGAGUGGAAGACCGCAGCUAUCCAGAGGAUGGGCUUUGGCAACCUCAACAAGGUGGUGCUGUGCUUUGACCGUGUCUUCUGGGACCCUAGUGUGAACCUGUUUGGCCAUGUGGGCAGCACUACAGCCAGCAGGGGAGAACUCUUCCUCUUCUGGAACCUCUACAAAGCCCCCAUACUGCUGGCACUGAUGGCAGGAGAGGCGGCUGGCAUCAUGGAGAACAUCAGUGACGAUGUCAUCGUCGGACGCUGCCUCGCCAUCCUCAAAGGCAUCUUUGGAAGCAGUGCAGUACCUCAGCCCAAGGAAACGGUGGUGACGCGUUGGCGUGCCGACCCUUGGGCGCGGGGCUCCUACUCGUACGUGGCGGCCGGUUCCUCUGGUAACGACUAUGACCUCAUGGCCCAGCCCAUCACCCCUGGCCCCGCCAUCCCCGGAGCGUCUCAGCCUGUCCCUCGUCUGUUCUUCGCUGGGGAGCACACUAUCCGGAAUUACCCAGCCACGGUGCAUGGUGCCCUGCUCAGCGGCCUGCGAGAGGCGGGACGCAUCGCAGACCAGUUCCUGGGCGCCAUGUACACCCUCCCCCGACAGGCCACGCCCACCACCGCCCUUCAGCCCUCCCCCAGCGUCUAGACCCCCCCCCCUUUACAAUGUCCUUCCAUGUUCAAGUGAUGUCAGUGACUCCUGUUAACAAAGACUCUUUAGAUGUAAAGAAUGUGUUUUCGUUUUAAUCCCACCAAUGCUAAUAUAUGGACAGAACAGUGAAACCCCAAUGUACAUUCCCAAAGGUCGAGCCAGCACAUUACUUAGCCUGUUCUUAUCCCCUUAAUAUGACGACAUCCACCUCACUAAGUCAACGUUGUGGGUCCUCAUAGCUGAUGCAGUUAGGUGGAACCUACAAUGGAAGUCUCAGAUGGUUCAGUCUCCCUUCCGGCUCUGCUAGCUAACCUCCGUGCUGCAAGAGUGUGAUCAGUCAUGGAUGAGGGUAGGAAUUGGCCUAUUUGGAUGGAUAGACCUAAACCAGGGUCUACUAUGAGCAGGGUAGCCAAGUUCCUACCCCAGUAGGAUGACACUAGUGUCAUAGCUGACCUUGUUCCAUUGUCCCAGCAAUAAAGAUGGAUGGGCUGAAGAGGAGGAACAACAGCCAAUGGAAUCCAGAAACAGAGGGCAGCCGAUCAAGCGCUGCUCCCUACCUACUGUACUUGUAAAGAGCAGGUGCGCUGCGCUAUCUAGCAACACAAAUGCACUCACUCCCAUUGAAAUUUUUUUUCCCCCCUAUUGAAAUGCUAGUUGCUGCAAUGUUGUAGCCUACAAGUGCGUUGUAUUGAUUAAUUUAAGGCUGUUGUAUGCCUCCUGCUGAAGGGGACCUGUACCAUGUAGGGUUGGAGUAAAGAAAAUAGCAGUUUGUAUUGAAAUGCAAAAAGAUACAUACUAUGAUUGAUUGUUGAGGGAGAAAUUCCAGUUGUGAAUGUUUUUGUUAAACAGCUACUUGAUAUUUUGUGUCAUUGCAUACUUUAAAGAAACUUUUGUCAUUUGGGUAUAAAAAUAAAUGCAUCUUGCGUCAAGAAAA